AAUUACCGGGAAAAGGGAUGGAUGACAUAACGGUAUUAAAAAUCCCACACCCGCAAUUCGCCGUGGGUUGCUGGGGCGGGGCAUAAGGUCGAUCACGCAAUCGGUCCAAGUCCUCAGACCAAGAGAAAAUUGAUGGCUCUGCGGGGCCCGCGAUGAGGGUACUCGGGUACCUAAAGUCUAGUUCGACACUAUCGCCUCCGUGGCCGGGCCGUUCGAUGCAUCCCUUAGUGUAUUUAGCUCUCGAGACGUGGAUAAUUUUUCCUUUGAGGUGUCGCUUUUCCCUUGACAUUCCAAUUCUUCUCCUACAAGCUCAGCAAUGGCAGGAGAAUCGAGUGUCGCGGUCCGCACGCCUGAAGAGGCCGGUGAGUGACUUCCAUUCCCACCUCUACCCUCCCCCGCAGGCACAGUCACACCCCAGGCGAAUCCAUGUUUGGCUGGUGUCACACCCAUUGCCAUUUCCCUCCAAUGUCGCGAGAAUCGCAUACCUCUCCAGCGACGUGAUCGUGUCGGUGCAGCCGUCGUUGGCUUCCGAUUCCGGCUUUUCGACUACGCUGAAGAAUUUGGCCGCCCAGAAGGUCGAGAGCUUGGUGGCCAAGAGCAGCGAUGCCGCUCCCGACAUCCAAUCCGUCAGAUACAAUGCCGACCCUCUACUUUCUGUGUUUGCCCCUAUUCGCUCCGGCCGUUUCGUGUCAGUGACGACAACCUCGGCCGUAUUGCUGCCCUCUAUUGCGCAUCUUUACAAGCUCGCCAGCUUGCCCGUAGUUCUCCAUGUCGCGCUGGAGCCCAAGAGCUUCCCAGACUAUUCAGCAAUCACUUCAAUACGGAAUUCCGGAUGGACCUUCCUGCAGUCGGGGUCUCUCCAGGAGGCCCAGGACAUGGCUCUGACAGCCCAUGCUCUGGCCAUUCGCUCUGGCAAGGGAGUCAUCCACUUCUUUGAUCCGAACUCCAAGACGAAGGGGGAGUCAAUUAGCCCUGAGGACACAGCGAUUGUUCGUGACAUCCUAAAUCUGGACAACGUGCGCCGGUUCCAGUCCGCACCGAUAUCGGGUUCCGUCAUUUAUGCCGACGACGGGCGUGUCGCACUGGUUUCUGAGCAACCAGAGCCCCUGGCAGGCGGGGGCACGCAGGCCAAAGUUCAGCCCAGCGAGGGCGACGCCGAGACACCCACCGCGACAUCCCAUGCAUCCUCCAAAUCCAGCCAGCAGAGCGUCACAAGCUCGCCCCCUAGCGUUUCCACUGCCACUACCAUUGAGGCAGCCGCGCCUGUCGUCACGUCUGAGGACAUUUUCAACUACUUGACUUCGAUAUGGUCCCAGCUCAGCCAGAGCGUAGGCAGAAAGUACAGUGCUUUCGAAUGGAAUGGUCCAAGAAACGCCGAGAACUGCAUCUUCAUUUUCGGGUCUGACGCGGCCUUGUUCUCGCGGGCGAUCGGCCAGGCCCAGGCCGAUGACAUUUUCGCAAAUGCCGGCGUCAUCACUGCCAGACUUUACCGUCCCUGGCUGGGGGCGAAAAUCAUCGGCGCAAUCCCGAGAUCAGUGAAGAAGAUUGCAGUCCUCGAGCAGGUUUCUAGAAAGACAACAAAAUGGGGCCCGCUGCUGUUGGACGUGUUGGCUUCGGUAAAGAACAGCGUGGGUGGUGUUGAGACAAUUGUUGGACAUCAGCUGGGUUACAUCUCUAACGAGACCGUGAACCAGGCUCUGCGUGGCAUCUUUCAGAACUUGACUUCGGAGAAGCCCAUUCAGAACCUGGAGGUGGGAGAACGUGACCGUCCGCAGCCCAUUUCCGAGUACAAGUUGGAAAAGCCGAAGCUCGAGACUGCAUACACAAAGAUCCUCGACCAUCUAUUUGGCGAUCGGGCCUUUAUCGCCAACUCUCUCGACUCGGAUAACGCGGGCAUCUCAAACACCAUUUCUGCAAGCCCCGACUACGGUUUCGGCGCCCUCCUUGCAAAGAAAGAGCGCAAGCGGAAAUUCGUUGCCGAGGUUAAGGAGGCGGCUGGGUCGGGUCGGUUCCUUACCGAAGUCCCAAAGCGAUCGCUGGCCAAUUGGGUGUCAGCCGCUGAGGACGUGAAGAAGGUUGAGGCUGCUGCCGAGGACGUCAUUUCGAAGCUCACGAUCGACAACUCAAGGCUGUCCAAGACCCUCCUGCAAAACAAGGCCUUCUUUCACAAGCAGUCUCUGUGGCUCGUCGGUUCUGACGCCUGGUCUUAUGAUCUCGGAAAUUCGGGCGUCCACCACGUUCUCGCUUCAGGCGAAAACGUGAACGUGCUGAUUAUCGAUUCAACCCCUUACUCUGAGCGGGCCGCGGCAGAUGCGAAUCGGAGAAAGAAGGACAUUGGACUUUACGCCAUGAACUUUGGAAACGCAUAUGUCGCCUCUACUGCUGUGUACAGCUCCUACACACAGGUUCUUCAGGCCAUGGACGAGGCAGACAAGUUCAAUGGCCCAUCCAUCGUCUUGGCUUACCUCCCGUACUUUGGGGAGCACGACUCGCCCUUGACCGUCCUCCAGGAGACCAAGAAGGCUGUCGAUCUUGGGUACUGGCCACUGUACCGCUGGAACCCCGAGAACGAGAACAAGGGCGAGCCGAACUUCUCUCUCGACUCUGAGCGGAUCAAGAAGGAGCUGAAGCAGUUCCUCGACAGAGAUAACCAGCUUACGCAAAUGAUGCGGAAAGACCCGCUCUUUGGGGCUGCUCUGUCCCAAGAUUUCGGAUCCGAGAUCCGAGCGCAGCAGAAGCGGAAGGCAAAAGAUGCCUACAACCAGCUGCUGGAAGGCCUGUUUGGCGCCCCUCUGACUAUCCUAUUUGGGUCAGAUAACGGAAACGCUCAGUCGCUAGCUAAGCGCCUGGGCACCAGGGGAAGAGCCCGAGGACUCAAGACAGCCGUCAUGGCGAUGGAGGAUUACCCGGUGGAGGACCUCCCCACCGAAGAGAACAUAGUCAUCAUCACAUCUACUGCCGGACAAGGAGAGUUCCCCCAAAACGGCAAGCCAUUUUGGGAUGCUAUCAAGGACAGCACGGAGCUCGACCUGGCUUCUGUCAAGUUUUCCGUCAUGGCGCUGGGAGACAGCCAUUACUGGCCCAGAAAAGAGGACAAGAUUUACUACAACAAGCCUGGAAAGGACCUGGAUAGAGUACUGGCCAACUUUGGCGCGAAGCGGCUGACAGACAUCGGACUCGGUGAUGAUCAGGACCCUGAUGGCUACCAGGCUGGCUAUCAGGAAUGGGAAGCUAAGCUCUGGGAGGCUCUUGGCGUUACUAACGUUGGAAGCGUUCCAGACGAACCCCCACCGAUCACGAACGAAGACAUCAAGAUCGCAUCAAAUUACUUGCGCGGAACCAUUGUCGAGGGGCUCAAGGACACGUCCACUGCCGCGAUUUCUGCACCAGACCAGCAGCUUACCAAGUUCCACGGCACAUACAUGCAAGACGACCGGGAUGUUAGAGACGAGCGGAAAGCGCAAGGCUUGGAGCCAGCUUACUCCUUCAUGAUCCGGUGCAGACUGCCGGGCGGUGUCUCGACGCCCAAGCAAUGGAUCCAGAUGGACGACAUUAGCACAACGCUCGGAAACGAAACUAUGAAGCUGACUACGCGGCAAACGUUCCAGUUCCAUGGCGUGGUCAAGGGCAAGCUGAAGCCCGCCAUGCAAGCCAUCAACCGGGCACUCAUGACCACACUGGCUGCCUGCGGAGAUGUGAACCGCAACGUCAUGUGCAGCUCGCUGCCUUCGCAGUCCAGGUAUCAUCGCGAGGUUUUUGCGAGCUCCAAGAAGAUCAGCGACCACUUGCUUCCGUCUACGUCUGCAUACCACGAGAUUUGGUUGACCGACGAUGACGACAAGAAGACACAGGUUGCUGGCGAAGCAGUGCAGGACUUUGAGCCGCUGUACGGGCCCACCUAUCUCCCCCGGAAGUUCAAGAUCUCAAUCGCCAUCCCCCCCCACAACGACGUUGACGUGUACGCGCACGAUGUUGGUCUCAUUGCCGUCAAGGGCGAGGAUGGACACCUGGUCGGGUUUAACUUGCUUGCUGGUGGAGGCAUGGGUGCCACUCACAACAACAAGAAGACAUACCCGCAGACAGGCCGGAUGCUUGGGUUCGUCAAGACUGCCGACGUCCACAUUGCCUGCGAGAAGGUGAUGCUUGUGCAGCGAGAUCACGGUGACCGCAAGAACCGGAAGCACGCGCGACUCAAGUACACGAUUGAUGACAUGGGUGUCGACAGUUUCAGGUCACAGGUUGAGGAACUCUGGGGCAAGAAGUUCCAGCCGCCCAAGCCUUUCCACUUUGAGAGCAAUAUCGACACGCUGGGAUGGACCAAGGACGAAACAGGCCUGAAUCACUUCACAUUCUUCAUCGAGAAUGGCCGUAUCGAGGAUACGGCCGACUUCCCGAUGAAGACAGGCCUGCGCGAGAUUGCAAAGGUGCACAUGGGCGAAUUCCGUCUGACAGGUAACCAGCACCUUAUCCUCAGUAACGUCGCCGACGAGGAUCUCCCGGCCAUGAAGUCGCUCAUGGCCAAGUACAAGCUGGACAAUGUUCAGUUCUCGGGCCUGCGCCAGAGCUCGUCUGCCUGCGUGGCGUUCCCAACUUGCGGCCUGGCCAUGGCUGAGAGCGAACGCUACCUACCUGUUCUCAUCUCGAAGCUUGAGGCCUGUCUCGAGGAGAAUGGGCUCCGGCAAGACAGCAUUGUGAUGCGGAUGACGGGAUGCCCCAAUGGCUGCGCGAGGCCGUGGCUUGCAGAGGUUGCGUUCGUAGGCAAGGCGUACGGCGCCUACAACAUGUAUCUUGGCGGCGGCUACCACGGACAGAGACUGAACAAGCUCUACCGGUCGAGUAUCAAGGAAGAAGAGAUCCUUGACAUCAUGAAGUCGCUGCUCAAGAGAUAUGCCGCCGAGCGCGACGAGGGCGAACACUUUGGCGACUGGACGAUCCGGGCCGGCGUGAUUAAGGAGACGCGGGGCGGGCAGGACUUCCACGAAGGGGUUGCCGAAGAAGAGUCGGACGAGGAGUGAGCAAGCAUUGAGUGAGGGAUCAGGCUGUGGCCCACCAUGGCUCGCGGUCCGCAUGGUGAUGGCUCCGCUGCGUUGCAUAGCGGCGUCAAAAAACGACUGGCUGCACGUUCGUAGUUCAUUUCUUUUACAUAUUAUACUCCUCAAGAUUCUGU